AUAUAAUCCUACCAUGGGCAUUCAUAUUCUCCAUUAAACAUUGGCAAAUCAAAUUUUUCUAAGUGUGACAUCUAAAACAAAAUGGCGAGAUUCGGGUUAGCUCUUGUAAUGAUUCUUGCGAUUCUAGGAUCUGUGAGCUUUUCAGAAGCUCAGUUGAAGAUGGGAUUCUACGACAAAACUUGCCCUUACGCAGAGAAGAUUGUACAAGAUGUUGUCAACCAACAUAUCCACAAUGCACCUUCUUUGGCCGCUGGCCUUAUCAGGAUGCAUUUUCAUGAUUGCUUCGUUCGGGGUUGUGAUGGUUCGAUCUUGAUCAACGCGACAUCGAGGAACCAACAAGUCGAGAAGCUUGCUCCUCCGAAUCUAACUGUUAGAGGUUUCGACUUCAUCGAUAAAGUAAAGUCUGCUCUAGAAUCAAAAUGCCCUGGAAUCGUCUCCUGCGCCGAUAUCAUCACCCUCGCUACUAGAGACUCUAUUGUUGCUAUUGGUGGACCAACAUGGAAUGUUCCAACAGGACGUAGAGACGGACGUAUCUCUAACUUUAUCGAGGCUCGGAACAAUAUCCCUCCUCCUUUUGGGAACUUCACGACUCUUAUAACCUUAUUUGGAAACCAAGGACUUGAUGUUAAAGACCUCGUCUUAUUGUCCGGUGCACACACUAUUGGAGUGUCUCAUUGCUCAUCCUUCUCAAAACGUCUCUUCAAUUUCACCGGUGUUGGAGACCAAGACCCGUCCCUCGACAGCGAAUACGCUGCCAAUCUCAAGUCGCGGAGAUGCUUGUCUAUCGCCGACAAUACAACAAAGGUCGAAAUGGAUCCCGGCAGUAGAAACACCUUUGAUCUUAGCUACUUCCGUCUUGUCCUGAAACGUCGUGGACUUUUCGAGUCUGACGCUGCAUUAACUAUGGAUCCUGCGGCGUUGGCUCAGGUCAGACGUUUCGCGGGAGGAUCGGAACAAGAGUUUUUUGCUGAGUUCGCAAAGGCAAUGGAGAAAAUGGGAAGGAUUGGUGUCAAAACCGGGUCAGAUGGUGAAAUCCGAAGAACAUGUGCAUUUGUUAAUUGAAAAGGUUUCUCACUUUUGUCUUUUUGAAUGGUUUUUAAUAUCGUUAAUUUUGGAUGUUUUUUGUGUGACUUUUUUGGGUAUUUAAUUUACAAUUUCGUGAUAUGUAUUUAUGUGGUGGAAAUGUGAUUUUCCGAAUAAAUUUCACGUAUGUGAAAUCGUUGUACUAUAAAUCUUCCAUUCAUUUAUCUAUCAAUAAAAAAAUUGCUUUUGUCGUUUUGUA